GUGUAGUGUGGUGAAGAUGGUUCGACAAAUUAUUAUAGAUUUUUCUUUGUUUUAAAAAUAUAAUAAUUAAUAAUAUGUAUGAGAAAUAUUUAAAUUCAUGAGUGUGUUGUUCAUUUCAACAAAACAAUGAUUUUAAAUAGUAGAUUAAAAGAAAUAUGUUUCAUUAUAACAAUAUUAAUUGGUAUAAUAAUAGACAUUGAUUGUCGUUUAGCUGAGCCAACCGAAGAGCCAUUAAAUCAAAUAAUCACAACAGAAACGUUAGCACCAUCCAUUACGACAACAACAAAACCUCAACGAGUUGUACAAGAAUGUUUCCAUCAGCCACCAUCAAUUUGUGCCCAAUUAUUUAACUCAAAUACAAAUGAGCAUUGUACGAAAUAUUCAAGUAAAGCUGUUAUUUGCUGUAAUGUUAAUACGUAUUCAUUAGCGACGGAUUUACAGCAAGCAGGUGUUGGACCAACAGAUGAAGUAGAAUCAUUACAUAUCAUAAACGCAACAUUAGAUGUUUUGAAUGUAACACACAAAUCAUGGAAACGUUUAAAAUCAAUGUCCAUAACAGAUGGUAGCAUUGGAAAAGUAGUUGGUACAUUUCCGAAAAUGACGUCAAUAUCAUGUUUAAAUGUAUCAAGUAAUGGUAUUGUAGAAAUUCAAAACCGUUCAUUUGUCAAUUUAAUCAAUUUAACAACGUUAGAUUUAUCAAAUAAUCAAUUAGAUUCAAUACCUAAAUUUUAUACGACAGCUGUAAACUUAUCGAUAGAUGUAUCAGAUAACAAGCCAUUACAAUGUUUAAGUUUACAUAAAGCAAUGGUCGAUACAAAAAAAGAAUUAAUAUUUCAAAAUCAAAAUAGAACACAUUGUGUGAGUAAAUUGAAAUCUUUUCAUUGGUUUAAUUCAACUGAACAUAUGCCUUUUUCACAAAUAGAACUAUCAGCAGAGCUAGCAUUAACAUGUCCAAAAAUUGGUAAUAAAAGUUGUACCUGCAGACCAUAUCGGCUAGUUUUAAUACAAGAUGAAACUCCAAAAACUGCAAUAGGUGUUGACUGUUCAAAUUUAAAUUUAACGUCAUUGCCAACACCACUGCCACCAUACACAUAUAUGUUGAAUGUAUCACAUAAUAAGAUUGAAUCUCUCAGUAUGUUGAGCGACGACCCAAGUUAUCAAGAGAUAAGAGAAUUAGACGCAGAUUAUAAUGAAAUUACGUCCAUAUCAAUAUUGGAAGGUACAAAAUUUAUUGAUAACUUCGCAGUACUAAGUCUAAAAGCAAAUAAAUUAAAAACUUUGCCAACAUAUUUUCUUUCGAAUACAUUUGAUAGAAAUUAUGCAAUACCUCGUUUAAUAAGUCUAGGAUCAAACAAUUUAAUUUGUGAUUGCAAUACUUUUAAAACUGUGAAGAUCUGGUUAACAUUAAAACAAAAGAAUAUUCCUGAUUAUGAUGAAAUAUGGUGUGAAAAUUUACCAUUAAAGGUAUAUGAAUUGAGCCAAUCAAAAGUAUGCCAACAUCCACGCGAUUGGACUGAUUACAUUUAUUAUAUAAUCGCAACAGAGGUAUUACUUUUAGUUGGAUUAAUAUGUAAAGUAUCUUAUGAUUAUUGGAUAUUUAAAACAGCUGGUUACUUACCAUGGCCAGCAAGUAAAAUGCCUAAACUACCAUGUGAUUGUCUAUGUGAAACAUAACACAGAUUUGCAAGUAAAAAAAUGCACAGGUUUAUCUACUAAUUAAAAAACUUCUAUCACUUCGAGUUUUCUUGCAAAACUGAUUUGAAAAUUCGACGAAUUCAAGGGGAUAAUAAAGGAUAUACUUAUUCAAGAGGGACACUUGCGUUCUUAAAAAAUUUUCAGUUGAUCAUAUCUCAACAAAUUAUCGAUCUCUGAUUUCUUUGUGAUAACCCAUGCGAGAACAAAAUAUGAAAAAGAAGAAAAUGUUUCAAAAAAGAUAAAUCAUCAUUCAUCCUUAUACUAACCACUUCAAUUAAUCGAAUUUCCGAUAUAUUGCUUUUUAAAAUAAAGUUGUCAGAAGAUCUGAGGUGAUAGGGGAAUUUUUCGCAGACCUGUGAUUUUUUUUUUUUAAAUGUUAAUUAUUUUGUUUUU